UGGGACGUCUUUAGAAUUAAUUUUGACGACUGAGCUGACUCACGCUGUACAUCUAAAUUUGUUGCUUUGUAAUGUCAUAAUCUAAUCUAUGGUCGAAACCUAACCUCAAAUAUUGUUAGCCCCCUUUGAAAACUGUAGCGAUGGUUUUUGGAGAAAUUGUAGAACCCAGCACGCGUGCUCUGUGCACCGAUGAAUUUUCCGAAAAUGAAAUUCUGGAAUUGUCGUGGAAUGCGACUCCAACAAUCGCUUCCGCUAUUAACAAAGUGUUCGUAAUCGAAACGGCACCCUUAUUGUCUUUCUUUAAGAUGUGCAUCUUGGGAGAUCAAGAGCCCAUUUGUAAACUGAACGAAACCAAUGUGAAAGUGUACGAGUUGCACGAUAACGAUUAUAUCAUCACUUGUGAGAAUUCCAAGGCAACUGCUGGACAUAUUACCGAAAAGGUUGCGCCUUGGCUGAAACAAGCCUCCGAAGUAGUAGUGCUGACGUCCGGUUUGGUCUCCUUACUUGAAAACAGCGAUAAACGCUCGUCUUGCAUAAUCAAACAGUUGGCGUACAACACCGAAAGGGUACACCCAAACUUAGACGUGCCGAACCUAGUUACCGGGAUAUCGGCGAGCGUCUUCUCAUACUGCGUACAUACAAACACAAGCUGCAGUUUAUUUAAAAUAUUUUUCGACGAGCUUCCAUUAGAUUCUAUUAACACAAUGCCGCUUUUAGAUUUAAUCGAAACAGUAGGCCUAAACGUACUCAAAACUUACAAACUCGAAGCAACGGCGUCUCAUAGUAAUUUAUAUAUUUAAAUACGUAUCUUUCGAAAUAAAUAAAUUACCACAA